GCGGCAGCGCUUCUGCCAAACCUUACAGCCAUUCUAAAUCUAUUCUGCAAUUUUUCUAUACGCAUAACACUAAAGUUUUGCAUCCUAUAUCAUCGCAGUUUUAAAGCCAGUUUAGCAGCGUCCCCUCUGACCAGCCAUGUUCAACAUCUAAAGAUUGCACAUAGAAGAACUUUUGAACAUCAAUGUCCGUCAAUUGCAUGAAUGCCUGCAACAAGUUAUUCGUUGGAUCCAUUCAAAACCUUCACUCAACCAUACUCAGACACCCAUAUCAAAGGUCCACUUUUUAAACUCUUCACUAGAAUCCACUUAUGAAGAAUGUAAGAACAACUCCAAAAAUGUUGAGAAGUGACUGGCGAACCUUGAUAGUCACAAACCAUCCAACUGCGAUAACCCCAUGAAUGGAUGACGGUUCAGUCCUUGUUCCGAGGAUGCCAUCGACUGGGGAACCUUCCACUUCGCCUUCACGAUCAGUCAAUCGAACAGUUGUUCUCAUACGGUAACGAAUCUUCAACAAGGGAUGUGGAGCAUCGAGUACAGAGGAGCAGUUGGAGGAACUGCACAUUAUGCUUGCUACACACCUCCCUCCUCAAGACUACUUCACAUAUCUCCAAUUAUUACAUACCUGUAUUCUCAGGAACGCACUUUCACAAGGGAAAAAUGCCCACUCUUUCAUCGCUCACAGGCGAUUUGCCUUCGCUACACGCACACCUUUUCAUAAUAAGCUUAUUCACAUGUAUGUCAAGUGCGGAAGUUUGGUGGAUGCUCGAAAAGUGUUUAACCGCUUGAAAGAACGAGACAUCGUCUCAUGGAAUACGAUUAUUGCAGCGUACAGAAGACAUGGGUAUCCUCACGAGGCAGUCACACUGUUUCACUAUAUGAAACAAACAGGUUUCCAACCCGAUAAGUUCUCAUUCGCCAGCGUACUCGCUGCCUGUGCCAAAAUUGGAGCAUUGGAGCAGGGUAUGGACAUCCAUCAAAGCAUAAAGGAUAAAGGAAUUUUGUCAGAUGUUAUAGUUGCAAGUGCCCUGGUAGACAUGUAUGCAAAAUGUGGAAGCAUAGAAAAGGCAAGUGAACUGUUUGACGGAAUGCCUCAAAGAGAUGUGCUCUCGUGGACGGCAAUGAUAGCAGGAUAUGCACAAAAUGGAUUUCUUGAAAAAGCUUUAGAAACUUUCAAGCAAAUGCAAUUGGCAGAUAUAAAGCCAAAUUCCACAACCUUUUCUAGCAUCCUCCCAGCCUGUGCGAAAAUGGGAGCAUUGGAACAGGGUAUGGACAUCCAUCAAAGAAUACUGGAAGGGGGAUUUUUGUCAGAUGUUAUAGUUGCGACUGCCCUUUUAGACAUGUACGCAAAAUGUGGAGGCAUCGUUAAGGCAAGUCAACUAUUUGACAGAGUACCUCAAAGAGAUGUCAUCUCAUGGAAUGCCAUGAUUGCAGGAUAUGCACACAUUGGAUUUGUUGGUAAGGCUUUAAAAACUUUCAAGCAAAUGCAAUUCGCAGGUGUAAAGCCAAAUUCCACAACAUUUGUCAAUAUCCUUCCUGCCUGUGCCAAAAUGGGAGCUUUGGAACAGGGUAUGGUUAUACAUCAAAGCAUAAAUGAUAGAGGUAUUUUGUCAGAUGUUGUCGUUGCAACUGCCUUGGUAGACAUGUAUGCAAAAUGUGGAAGCAUAGACAAGGCACGUGAACUAUUUAACAGAAUGCCUCAGAAGAAUGUAGUCUCGUGGAAUGCCAUGGUUGCAGGAUAUGCACAGAAUGGAUUUGUUGAGCAGGCUUUAGAAACUUUCAAACAAAUGCAGUUGGCAGGUAUCCAACCAAAUUCCACAACCUUUACUACCAUUCUCCCUGCCUGUGCCAAAAUGGGAGCUAUGGAACAGGGUAUUGACAUCCAUCAUAGCAUAAUGGAAGGGGGAUUUUUGUCAGAUAUUAUGGUUGGUAAUGCUGUCAUAGACGUGUAUGCAAAAUGUGGAAGCAUAGAGAAGGCACGUGAACUAUUUGAAAGAAUGCCUCAAAGAAAUGUAGUCUCAUGGAACACCAUGAUUGCAGGAUAUGCACAAAAUGGAUUUAUUGAAAAAGCUUUAGAAACUUUCAAGCAAAUGCAAUUGCCAGGUGUGAAGCCAGACUCGACAACUUUUGCCAGCAUCCUCCCAGCCUGUGCCAAAACGGGAGCUUUGGAACAGGGUAUGGACAUCCACCAAAGCAUAAAGGAAAGAGGGAUUUUGUCAGAUAUAGUAGUUGCAACUGCCCUAUUCGACAUGUAUGCAAAAUGUGGAAGCAUACACAAGGCAUAUGAACUGUUUGACAGAAUACCUCACAAAGAUGUCAUCUCAUGGAAUGCAAUGAUAGCAGGAUAUACACAAAAUGGGUUUUUUGAUAAGGCUUUAGAAACUUUCAAAAACAUGCAAUUGGCAGGUGUAAAACCAGAUCCCACAACCUUUACCAGCAUCCUCCCUGCCUGUGCCAAAAUGGGAGCUUUGGAACAGGGUAUGGACAUCCAUCAAAGCAUAAUAGAACAGGGUUUUCUUUCACAUGUUACUGUUGGAAAUGCUUUGGUAGACAUGUAUGGAAAAUGUGGAAACACAGACAAGGCACGUGAACUGUUUGAAAGAAUGCCUCAAAGAAAUGUGGUCUCGUGGACUGCAAUGAUUGCUGGAUAUACACAAAAUGGAUUUGUUGAGAAGGCUUUAGAAACCUUCAAGCAAAUGCAGUUGGCAGGUGUAUGUCCGGACUUGACAACCUUUGCCAGCAUCCUCUCUGCCUGUGCCAAAAUGGGAGCUUUGGAAUUGGGUAUGGACAUCCAUAAAAGCAUAAUGGAAGGGGGAUAUUUGUCAGAUAUUAUAGUUGGAAAUGCUCUAGUAGACAUGUAUGCAAAAUGUGAAAAAAUAGACAAGGCGCACGAAUUGUUUGACAGAAUGCCUCAAAGAGAUGUCUUCUCAUGGAAUGCAAUGAUUGUAGGAUAUGCACAAAAUGGUUUUGCUGAAAAGGCUUUAGAAAAUUUCAAGCAAAUGCAAUUGGCAGGUGCAAAGCCAGAUUCCACAACCUUUGCCAGCGUCCUCCCUGCCUGUGCCAAAAUAGGAGCUUUGGAAUGGGGUAUGGACAUCCAUAAGAGCAUAAAAGAAGGGGGAUUUUUGUCAGAUAUUGUAGUUGGAAAUGCUCUGGUAGACAUGUAUUCAAAAUGUGGAAGCAUAGACAAGGCACAUAAACUGUUUGACAGAAUGCCUCAAAGAAAUGUGGUUUCAUGGACUAUAAUGGUUGCAGGAUAUUCCCAAAAUGGAUGUUUUGAAAUGGCUUUGGAAACUUUCAAGCAAAUGCAAUCGGCAGGAGUGAAGCCAGACUUGACAACCUUUGCCAGCAUCCUCCCUGCCUGUGCCAAAAUGGGAGCUUUGGAACAUGGUAUGGACAUCCAUAAAAGCAUAAUAAAAGAGGGAUUUUUUUCAGAUGUUGUGGUUGCAAAUGCCUUAGUAGACAUGUAUGCAAAAAGUGGAAGCAUACAUAAGGCACGUGAACUAUUUGAGAGAAUGCCUCAAAGAGAUGUCAUUUCAUGGAAUGCAAUGGUUGCAGGAUAUGCACAAAUUGGAUUUGUCGAUAAGGCUUUAGAAACUUUCAAGCAAAUGCAAUUGGCAAGUGUAAAGCCAAAUUCUGCAACUAUUGCAAGCAUCCUCCCUGCCUGUGCCAAAAUGGGAGCAUUAGAACAGGGUAUGGACAUCCAUCAAAGCAUAAUUGAAGGGGGGGGUUGUUCAGAUAUUAUUGUUGGAAAUGCUCUGGUAGACAUGUAUGCAAAAUGUGGAAGCAUGGAUAAGGCACGUGUAAUGUUUGACAGAAUGCAUCAAAGAAAUGUGGUUUCAUGGACUGCAAUGAUUGCCGGAUAUGCACAAAAUGGACUUGUUGAAAAGGCUUUAGAAACUUUCAAGCAAAUGCAAUUGGCAGGUGUGGAGCCAGACUCAACAACCUUUGUCAGCAUCCUCCCUGCCUGUGCCAAAAUGGGAGCUUUGGAACUGGGUAUGGACAUCCAUCAAAACAUAAAAGGAGGAGGAUUUCUGUCAGAUGUUAUAGUUACAACUGCCCUAGUAGACAUGUAUGCAAAAUGUGGAAGCAUAUACAAGGCACGAGAACUGUUUGACAGAAUGCCUCAAAGAGAUGCCAUCUCAUGGAAUGCAAUGAUUGCAGGAUAUGCACAAAAUGGAUUUUGCAAGGAUGCUCUCAAAACCUUUGAAUUAAUGAAGCACUCUGGAACAUAUCCUGACGCUGUAAGCUUUGCUUGUGUUCUAUAUGCAUGCAGCCAUGUGGGUUUAGUGGAUGAGGGAUGUACAUACUUAAAUCAAAUGAGUAACCCUUAUUGCAUAAGGCCUACAAUUGAUCAUUAUGUGUGCAUGAUUGACCUUCUUGCUCGUGCUGGCUAUCUAGAGGACACCCUAAACUUUAUCAUUAAGAUUCCAUUUAAACCUGUUGUGGUUGUGUGGAUGUGUUUUCUCGGUGCCUGUAGAUCACAUAUGAAUCUAGGAUUAGGAGUAUUUACAGCGAUGCUGCUUUUUGAUUUGGAUCCUAAAAAUGCUUCAACUUAUGUUCUCCUCUCAAACAUCUAUGCAGAAGUGGGCUGUUGGGGUGAAGUUCAAACGGUUAGGAGGUUGAUGAAAGAUAGAGGAGUUCAAAAAUUCCCUGGAUGUAGCUGGAUUGAGGACCAUAAAAUGGUACAUGUUUUUUGUAGAGGAGACAGAUCUCAUCCACAGACACUAGAGAUCUAUGCAAGGUUGGAGAAAUUAGGUUGGGAGAUGAAGGCAGCAGGGUAUUUUCCAGAUUCAAGACAUUUACUUAAUGAUGUGGAAGUGGAGGAAAAAGAAUCAUUUCUCUGCCACCAUAGUGAAAAGCUGGCAAUUGCAUUUGGUUUGUUAAACACACCCCCUGGAACAACUAUUAGAGUUGUGAAGAACCUUCGAGUAUGUGCUGACUGCCACACUGCAACGAAAUUUAUCUCCAACAUUGUUGCAAGAGAAAUUGUUGUGAGAGAUUCGAAUCGUUUCCAUCAUUUUGAACAUGGCCAAUGCUCUUGUGGAGAUUAUUGGUGAUGCUAGAUGAAGCAAUAUGAAAAACAGGCUUGCACUAGAAUAAUGUGCAUAAUGUCAAAUCUAUGAUGGGAAUUUAUUUAUAUAUUGAGUACUUCGCAAUCUAGACCAUGCUGUCGGCAUUGUAAGAUUGGAUGCAUAGAACGAAAUGCAGAUCACUGCUGGGUAUCUUUCAAAGACCUAUUUUAUGAUAACAUGGAAAUUUUAUUGAGAUUCUUUCAUAAAACGUGUAUAUGUAUGAAAUGAAAAGUUAAAGGAGGAGGUGGGAGAUGGGGGAAAAAAGGAGGUGAGGAGCACUCCAAGUAAACGGAAAGAUUCUUGAGGAGAGCAGGCGUGCAAUUACCUUUGUCAUUUUGUAUAUUUUUUUAUUUGGAUUAAUUAUAUCAUCCUUCACUAUGUCACAUACACCCAUCUAAGACUAAAUUACACA